AUGUCCAUGCUCUCCCAGGUGUGCCUGACUCCAGAGCUGAUAACCUGGGAUGCAAAGCAAUCCAGAGUCCAUAAGACACAUGGCUGGAUCCGUGUGUGCUCGGUUUCUUACUGGCUGCUGCUCCUGCAGCAUGUAGGAGCAUGUGGAGGGCUGUCGUCAGAGUUGUACUGAAGGAAAGCUCAAAGGGACAAUGACAGCUUGGCUUUUCUGUUUUUUUUUUUAACUCUAUCACUCAGCUGCACUGAAGCCUGACACCUCUGGCAACCAGUGGUGAAGCAGUGAGAAGCUGGUUUUGUUGCUGCUCUUUACGAGAGAAGCCUGGCUGCAUUAACUCUUAGGGAGACAAGCACCUAGACAUCUCGAACAAAACACAGUGAUGGAGGUCGGCUCCACAGAAGCCAGCAGCAGCUCCCAGGGAAGCACCGGCUGGCUGGAUCUCACCCUUGUCACCUGCACUGAAACGGUGACUUUCACUGAAGUGGUGGCAGAAGAGGAGUGGGGAUCCUUUUACUAUUCUUUUAAGACGGAGCAGCUGGUGACUCUUUGGAUUCUCUUUAUUGUCACUAUUGCUGGGAAUGCCAUUGUGCUCUUCUCUACCUGGAGGAGGAAGCGGAAAUCUCGAAUGACCUUCUUUGUUACACAGUUGGCAAUCACAGAUUCAUUCACGGGAGUCAUAAACAUAAUGACUGACAUAAUUUGGCGCUACACUGGAGAUUUCAUGGCUCCUGAUAUCAUUUGCAGAGUCGUUCGCUACUUCCAGGUGGUCCUUCUAUAUGCCUCGACUUAUGUCCUCGUGUCACUAAGCAUAGACCGGUAUCAUGCCAUAGUUUACCCAAUGAAGUUCUUGCAAGGAGAAAGACAGGCAAAAGUUCUUAUUGGAGUGGCCUGGAGCCUCUCUUUCCUGUUUUCCAUACCAACUCUGAUUAUUUUUGGGAAACGGCAGCUCUCCAAUGGGGAAGUGCAGUGCUGGGCUCUCUGGCCUGAUGACUCCUACUGGAUACCCUACAUGACAGUGGUGGCUUUCCUGGUGUACUUCAUUCCUCUGAUCAUUAUCAGUGUCAUAUACUCAAUCGUGAUUCGAACCAUCUGGAUGAAGAGCAAAGCUCAGGCUGUCAUUAUAUCAACCUGCCCUGGUGGCAAAACCUCUGCUGGCUGCACCAGUCGUGGGUUCAUAUCCAAGGCGAAGGUGAAAGCGAUCAAAUACAGCAUUGUAAUUAUCCUUGCAUUUGUUCUCUGUUGGAGCCCUUACUUUCUUUUUGAUAUCCUGGACAACUUCAAGAUACUCCCUGAGACCAAAGAGCGCUUCUACGCAUCCGUGAUCAUCCAGAACCUGCCAGCCUUGAACAGUGCCAUCAACCCCCUCAUCUACUGCCUCUUCAGCAACCGUCUCUGCCCCCCUUUUGAGGAAAGAAGAACUCGAAGGCUGGGUGGAACUUCCAGGGAUAGGAGUGAUGGAGGGCAGGAGAUGCAGGUCCUGUCCAAACCAGAAUACAUCUAACACAGAUGAUGCCCUGCAAAGCCACACUGGGACCUGUACCGAGGAAAGCAGAAUUCCCCCUUGAGCCGCUUGCAUCAGAGAUGGACAUUGAGUGACAAGAGCUUGCACUGUGCUGCUGUUGAUCAGCACACAUAUUUGGGAUCACCAAUUCAGCUUCAUCAAUUGCAUGCUGCCAGUGCCAAACUCAGUGCGAGGGGUUUGCAUGCCAACAUUGCGAGGGUUCAUCUUUGCCCUCUGUUUUUAAGUAAGCUGUAAUAUAUAUACACAUAUAUAUAUA